AUGAAGUGGCUGCUGCUGCUGGGCCUGGUGGCCCUCUCUGAGUGCCUGUACAAGGUUCCUCUGGUCAGGAAGAAGUCCUUGAGGCAGAACCUGAUGGAGAAUGGCCUGCUGGACAACUUCCUGAAGACUCACAGCAUCAACCCGGCCAGCAAGUACUUCCCCUCACUGGCUGCCUCCCUGGACGCUACCCAGCCCCUGGUCAACUUCAUGGACACCGAGUACUUCGGCACCAUCACCAUCGGAACCCCCGCCCAGGACUUCACCGUCAUCUUUGACACCGGCUCCUCCAACCUGUGGGUGCCCUCCAUCUACUGCUCCAGCCCUGCCUGCACCAACCACAACCGCUUCAACCCCAAGAAGUCCUCCACCUACCAGCCCACCAGCCAGACCCUGUCCGUCGCCUACGGCACCGGCAGCAUGACCGGCAUCCUCGGAUACGACACCGUCCACGUCGCCGGCAUAGCUGACACCAACCAGAUCUUCGGCCUGAGCCAGACCGAGCCCGGCUCCUUCCUGUACUACGCCCCCUUCGACGGCAUCCUGGGUCUGGCCUACCCCAGCAUCUCCUCCUCCGGGGCCACCCCCGUCUUUGACAACAUGUGGAAUCAGGGCCUGGUUCCCCAAGACCUGUUCUCUGUGUACCUGAGCCCCAACGACGAGAGCGGCAGCGUGGUGAUUUUCGGCGGCAUUGACUCCUCUUACUACACCGGCACCCUGAACUGGAUCCCUCUGUCCUCCGAGACUUACUGGCAGAUCACCGUGGACAGCAUCACCAUGAACGGACAGAGCAUCGCUUGCAACGGCGGCUGCCAGGCCAUCGUGGACACCGGCACCUCUCUGCUGUCCGGCCCCGUCAACGCCAUCAACAACAUCCAGAGCCUCAUUGGCGCCACCCAGAAUGCAAACGGCCAGAUGAUGGUCAGCUGCUCAUCCAUCAGCAGCCUGCCUGACAUCGUCUUCACCCUCAACGGCAUCCAGUUCCCUGUGCCCGCCAGCGCCUACAUCAUGCAGAGUGGGCAGAGCUGCGCCAGCGGCCUGCAGGGCAUGAACAUUCCCACCGCCUCUGGCGAGCUCUGGAUCCUGGGUGACGUCUUCAUCCGCCAGUACUACGCCGUCUUCGACAGGGCCAACAACCAGGUGGGCCUGGCUCCAGUCGCCUAA